CUAGUAUCUAUUGGGGUUACGCGUGGGAGGGUCGUGAAGAUGACUGGAGUGGAUGAAAUAUUAAAUUAUCAAAGGAAUCCUGAAGACGAUUUUUAUGGUCUGCUAGGCUGUGAUGAAAACUCAUCCAUUGAACAAAUCACAGCCGAGUACAAGAUCCUCGCUUUGCAGCAUCACCCCGAUAAGAACGAUGGAGAUAAAGAAGCUGAAGCGAAAUUUCAAAAACUAAAGGAGGCGAAGGAAACUCUCUGCGAUCCCUCCAAGCGUGCUCUCUACGAUAAAUGGAGGCAGAGCGGCAUCGCCAUGGGCUAUAAGCAAUGGCUCGGCAUGAAGGAGCAUGUGCAGCAGUCCAUGCACUGGUCCAAGCCAAACACAAAGGAUCGCAUGUUAGAAAGCGAAGUCGGCAAGGCCUCCGGCCCAUCGAGCCUCGGCCCCAGUAACUCCGCUGCUCGUCGCGCUUCUGAAGGAGGAGCUGCUCUCUGGGGCAGAUGGGGUGGCGGCAACCAGGAACCCCCAUCUGAAGUUAUCUCAAAGUUCCGCAACUAUGAGAUUUGAACGCAAACACCUAUACGGUCACAUUAAUUUAUUUUAGGGGCGUUGUUUUUUCUUUUUUUUUUCCAAAAAAGAGGUUAUUUGUGCCCUAACCUCUUUUGAAAAUGUCAUUGUUUAAAAAAAUAUGAGUGAGUUCGUAAACUAUUGUACUUAACGUCAAUUUAUUGUUUUUUAUGUAUCGUCAAUGAUACCAGGCUGUUAAUAUCUCUUGCCAUUAUUGUUCGUGUUUUUUAUUUCAUAACUAAGUGUAAUUAAUAUUAAGUAUAAUUAAUUAGUCAUAAAGGUGGCACAAUAUUCAUCAAGUCAGCUCAGCAACACAUAACUCGAAUGUAGCUCGGUAUCUAUUUUCGAAUUUUCAAUGUUUGAUGUAUUAGAUGUCUAUAUUCAGUUGUUCUUAGAAUAAGGAAUCGACGUUAGACGCCCCGAUCCUAGUGUGAUGUAGUGUUAAACACUCUUAGGGAACCCUUAGCUGUAAGCUAUGCACAUUCCUGAUGAUAUAACCUAAGAGUCUGAUUAUAAACAUUUCUGCUGUAGAACAAUAUGUUAGUCUAUUUAAGAAUCUCUAUGAUAUUUUGAAAAUUUUAUAUUUUUGACCCUAUUUUAUAACUAUUUACCUUACUAUUAAGUAUUAUGCUUUAAUUUAUGUGGUGGGUGAGGUAACAGGAUAUUGUUGUGAGACGAAUACAGGGUACAGUUGCGCGGCCGGCCGGCAUGGAUUUAUUUACCCGUGACCUUGAAAAUUCUACUUUCUAAUUAACUUACUUUGUUCCGACAUAGCUGUUGUGUUCCCAAGUCGAUAGUUGCGUAGUAACAUAGAAUAUUUUAUAUGUGUUAAAUGUUUGAACAGUAUUUACUUUGGAUGUUACGAUUUAUGUAUACUUAAAUGUGCAAUGUAGCAGAUUAUAAAAUUUUAAUGUUUUAUGUCGAUGUAUGAAUAUUUAUUAAUGAGAAUGCCAAAAUAUUUAAUGAUGUUUUUACUUUGAAUGUUUUCAAAUCAUCUA